AUGCUCGAGGCAUUCAUUCAACUUUAUCAAAUCCACCUCAAAGUCGGCAAUGCCGUCUUUGUGACAGGCAUUAUCAGUAUCAUUACUCUAGUCUGGCUGUUGUGGAAGUAUCUACGUCCACCAGAAGGCCCAGAGGAAGCCAUCCAAGGUAGUGUGAGUAAGACUGCUGAUGCUUUUUAUUAUCCUUACAAGCCUAUUCGUAUCCGACCAAAACAUCUUGACGAGCGAUUAUCCUCCCUGAGACGACGUAACGCAUUUAAGGCAGAGCUCGACUGA